AUGGCGAUGAACCUCACGCAGCAGGUCCGCUCGAUCGCCGACGUGACUCGAGCCGUCGCCGAGGGUGACCUGUCGCGCAAGAUCGACGUCAAGGUCAAGGGCGAGAUGCUCGACCUCAAGCUCACGGUCAACUCGAUGGUCGACUCGCUGCGCCUGUUCGCGGCCGAGGUGACGCGCGUCGCCAAGGAGGUCGGCACCGACGGCCAGCUCGGCGGCCAGGCGUACGUGAUCAACGUCUCGGGCGAGUGGAAGUCGCUCGUCGACUCGGUCAACCAGAUGUGCGGCAACCUCACCGACCAGGUGCGGUCCAUCGCCAAGGCGACCACGGCCGUCGCAAAGGGCGACCUGACGCAGAAGGUCAUGAUCGAGGCCAACGGCGAGGUCCUCCAGCUCGUCGUCACGAUCAACGAGAUGGUCGACCGACUCGCCACGUUCGCGUCCGAGGUGACCCGCGUCGCGCACGAGGUCGGGACCAAGGGCAACCUGGGCGUCACGGCCAAGGUCGACAACAUCGAGGGCACCUGGCACGACAUCACCAACAACGUCAACACGAUGGCGACCAACCUCACGUCGCAGGUGCGCGCGUUUGCGCAAAUCUCGGCCGCCGCGACCGAGGGCGACUUUAGCUCGUUCGUCACGGUCGAGGCGAGCGGCGAGAUGGACUCGCUCAAGACCAAGAUCAACAAGAUGGUGUUUUCCCUGCGCGACUCGCUCCAGAAGAACACGAUGGCGCGCGAGGCGGCCGAGCUCGCCAACCGGUCCAAGUCCGAGUUCCUCGCCAACAUGUCGCACGAGAUCCGCACGCCCAUGAACGGCAUCAUCGGCCUGACGGGCGUCACCCUCGAGACGGACCUGACGCGGCAGCAGCGCGAGAACCUCAUGAUCGUGUCCAACCUCGCCAACUCGCUCCUCCUCAUCAUCGACGACAUCCUCGACAUAUCCAAGAUCGAGGCCGGCCGCAUGACGGUCGAGCAGAUCCCGUUCAGCGUGCGCUCGGCCGUGUUCGGCAUCCUCAAGACGCUCGCCGUCAAGGCGACCCAGAGCCGGCUCGACCUCAUGUACGCCGUCGAGAGCGACAUCCCCGACCUUCUCGUCGGCGACCCGUUCCGCCUGCGCCAGGUCAUCACCAACCUCGUCGGCAACGCCAUCAAGUUCACCCAACGCGGCCAGGUCGCCCUGUCGUGCCGCCUCGCCGCGUCCGACCUCGAGGACAACACGUACCAGCUCGAGUUCUGCAUCAGCGACACGGGCAUCGGCAUCAAGCCCGACAAGCUCAACCUCAUCUUUGACACGUUUGCCCAGGCCGACGGCUCGACGACGCGCAAGUACGGCGGCACCGGGCUCGGCCUCACCAUCUCGAAGCGCCUCGUCCAGCUCAUGGGCGGCGAGCUGUGGGUCACGUCCCAGUUUGGGCGCGGUUCGCAGUUCCACUUUACGAUCCAGUGCCGCAUCGGCCAGUGGAGCCUCGACCAGGUCCGGCAAAAGACGCUCAUCCCGCACCCGGGUCGGUGCAUCCUCUUCAUCGACACGCUCCACCACGACCCGAGCGUCAUCGAGAGCGUCGAGCAGCUCGGACUCGAGAUCACGGUCGUCGACUCGCUCGAGGAAGCGUGCAUGCUCGACCACUCGCAGAACGGGUACUUCGACACGGUCCUCGUCGACCAACUGUCGAUCGUCGAGCGGUUGCGCGACGUCGAGCACCUGCGGUACAUCCCGCUUGUCCUCAUCACGCCCCAGAUCCCGCAGCUCAACCUCAAGUACUGCCUCGACUUUGGCAUCGCCAACUGCGUCGAGUCGCCGACCAACGCUCAGGACAUGUGCAACGCGCUCCUGCCUGCGCUCGAGGCGAGCAACCGGAUACCGUCCGAGCGAGGCGGCGACGCGUCGUUCAAGGUCCUUCUCGCCGAGGACAACAUCGUCAACCAGAAGGUGGCGCUCAAGUUCCUCGAGAGCGCCGGGCACAAGAGCGAGGUCGUCGAGAACGGCGCCCUCGCCCUCGAGGCCGUCCGCAAGAACUUCUACGACGUCGUGCUCAUGGACCUGUCGAUGCCCAUCAUGGGCGGCGUCGAGGCGACCCAGAUCAUCCGCCAGUUCGAGCAGGAGAACGGCCUCGAGCGGCUGCCGAUCGUCGCCCUCACGGCGCACGCCAUGCUCGGCGACCGCGAGAAGUGCAUCCAGGCCGGCAUGGACGACUACCUCACGAAGCCGCUGCGCAAGCCGGAUCUGCUCGCGACCAUCAACAAGAUUGUCCUGGCGAGACGAGCGGGUCCGUCCCUUCCCCCUCUCUCGCACCUGUGCGCUCUCUGGAGCACGAGCCGCCUCUGA